CAGCGUCCAUGGUCUGCUUCGGGCGAGCCAGCAGCGCCCAACUAGGACCGACUCGCGUGCCAAUUUUGCUAGAUGCGCCGAACCUUGUGUUCGCAACAUGUCGAGUGACUGCGCCGCCGUCAGGGGCGUUUGUCCUGCACCAAGUUCAGUGACUGAGACAGUGAGACGUGAGACUGGCGAAGGGUGAGGUUCUGCGUCAUCACACAAGGUAUUGCGCAUCGACAUGGCCGACGACGAUGAGCCCACCAAGCGCGCGAGCCACUUCAACGAGCAGCGCGCGAGUCUGCGCUCCGACACCAGUCGCGGCUCGUCCAACACGCGCUCGCGCUCGCGGCACCAGAGUCUGCUGUCCCAGAGACAGAGCCAGUGGCCCACCAACGACGGCUUCGAGCUCUAUCCAGAUCGUGCCGAUAGCGAGACGCUGCCCUCGCCACCCGGGAGCCCGUCGCCGGCGCCUGUGAUUCCACGGGACCGUUCCGAGACGCUCGCCAGCCACGAGAGGGAGCAGACGCAGAGCAAGAGAUGGAGCGCGGGGAGAGAUUCGGCCACGUCGCGAUCCAAGUCACGCACAAGAGACUCGGCCACGUCGCGGUCCAAAUCACGCACAAGAGCCCCUUCCAUGCCGCGGUCCAAGUCACGCACAAGAGCCCUUUCCAUGCCGCGGUCCAAGUCUCGCACGAGCGCCCCGUCCAGAGGCCGCAACAUCGAAGACCUCCUCAUCGCCGCGUCGUGGGACCAUCUGGACUUCUUGUCCUCGCCGCCGCCAGACAUGCCGCCCGGCAGAGAAGAGUACUGGCGCGCCAAGUCGGAAAUCAAUCAGAGCAGCGCAAGCAACCUGCCGCAACCGUCGUCAUCGAGGAACGCAGCAGUGCCACGCACUCCCUCCAAGACGUCGCGACGCCCCUCGCUCUUCAGCUGCUCCAACGCCAGCAGCUCGCCUCGAUCGCAGAACGGCAUCACGGCGCUUCCCAUCAUGGCGCCUCCCACCGCGGCGGAUGACGCACCGCAGCUCUCAGGCGCGGAGCGCUACCACCGGUCCCAGCCAACGGCCAAGGCCCAGCGCAUGUCCAGACUGGCGACGGAAGUGUACACCAUCUGCUUUCUCAUCUUCUUCGCCAUCUGGGGCUCACUGGCGCGUCUCGGGCUGCAGGCGCUGACCUUUUACCCGGGCGCGCCUGUCGUCUUCAGCGAGCUGUGGGCCAACGUCGCGGGCACGUUUGUGAUGGGGUUUCUGGCCGGGGACGUGCGGCUGUUUCGCGACGAGUGGGGGAGUCACGGCGGCGAAGCAGCCGUGGUAGUUCAGCCCGUCGAUUGGCCCGCAGAGGGACACGAGUCGCUGGAGAGGCAGGGCACCUUUGACAAGUCUGACAGGAAACGGCACGGCACCUUUGACAGGAAACGGCACGGCGCCUCUGACAGGAAACGGCACGGCGCCUCUGACAAGAAACGGCACGGCGCCUUUGACAAGAAACGGCACGGCCAAGUCAAGAAGACAAUCCCGCUGUACAUUGGCUUGACGACAGGCUUCUGCGGGAGCUUGACCAGCUUCUCGUCGUUUGUGCGCGAUGUGUUCCUCGGCCUCAGCAACGACCUGCCCGCGCCGACCUACCACGCUACAUCGGCGCCGUCGACGCUCGUCCACCGCCAGGCAGGAUACUCGGUCAUGGCGCUGCUCGGCGUGGUGCUCGUGACGGUCGCGCUGUGUCUCUGCAGCCUCAAGGCCGGCGCCCACCUCGCCGCCGCCCUGGACGGCAUCACGCCCACGCUGCCCUUUGGCAGCACCCGCCGGCUCGUGGACCCGCUCUUCGUCGUCGCAGGAAUCGGGUCCUGGAUCGGCGCAGUCGCCCUCGCGUGUCGGCCGCCGCACGACGCAUGGCGCGGCCAAGCGCUCUUCGCGUGCGUGUUCGCGCCCCUGGGCUGUCUGGGCCGCUACUACGCCAGUCUCGCGCUCAACAGCGUCAACCCGGCGUUCCCGCUCGGCACGUUUGUGUGCAACAUGUUCGGCACCGCGGUGCUGGGCAUGAGCUACAAUCUCCAGCGCGUCGCCAUCAGAGGGGUUGCGGGCGGCGGCCUCGUCGGGUGCCAGGUGCUGCAGGGCAUCGAGGACGGCUUCUGUGGCGCGCUGACGACGGUCAGCACGUGGAUGCUGGAGCUGGAUACGUUGCCGAGGACGCACGCAUAUGUGUACGGCGCGAGCAGUGUGGUCGUGGGGGUCAGUAUGCUGACGGUGGUCAUGGGCAGUGUGCGGUGGAGUGUGGGGUGGGAGGCGGUUGCCUGUGCGACGUGAUGGGAUGAUGACAACCGGACAUGUAAUGAUUCAUGAUGGGAAUAGGGUGUGUACAGUGUGGGUGUGUACAGUGUGGGUGUGUAGAGUGUGGGGUAUACAGUGUGGGUGUAUACAGUGUGGGUGUAUACAGUGUGGGGUAUACAGUGUGGGGGUAUACAGUGUGGGUGUAUGUGAUAUGGGCGUAUAUAGCGUGGGCGUAUAUAGCGUGGGCGUAUAUAGUAUGGGCGUAUAUAGUAUGGGCGUAUGUGAUAUGGGCGUAUAUAGCGUGGGCGUAUAUAGUGUGAGCGUAUAUAGUAUGGGCGUAUAUAUAGUGUGAGCGUAUAUAGUAUGGGCGUAUAUAAUAUGGGCGUAUAUGGGCGUAUAUGGGCGUAUAUAAUAUGGGCGUAUAUGGGCGUAUAUGGGCGUAUAUAAUAUGGGUGCAUACAACAUGGGCGCAUACAACAUGGGCGCAUACAACAUGGGCGUGUAUACCUCGUAGCCGG